AAUCACGCAAUCGACCUCCAUCAACACGACUUCGAGUUGAUGCAGCAUUGGUGAGCAAGCAGUCCAGAAAUUUUGCCAUGCACUAAUGUCCCGCGGCACUUAUGGAGAAGGUCAGCCGCUGGCCGGCGCGGGUAGCCAAAAGGGCGCCCAGGUAGGAAUAGGAUGAACAUCUCCUUAUGCUGAAUCUUCUCCUUGUCCACUCUUUUCCAGCCGUGCAAUUCCAGCUGUUCCCGCUGGCGCAGUCGUUCCUCUCUGUUCUCGACGUCUGCAAGCGGUUUGAGGCAGGCCCAGGGUCACUUUCGUCACUCCUGCCUCGACACUUUGCGAGCCGCCGAGUCUCAGAUCUUGAACACGCCUUCAAGAAGCUCCCUACUCCUGCCAUUGGAGCCUUGGGCAAGUCACCCAUCAUGCAAUUGAAGCAGGAUCUGGCCACGGGGGGCGUCGCGCCCGGUUCAGAUAGCCAGCGCGCUCCUGAGAGGCUCGAGAACACCGGCUUCGGGAAGCAGAUAAUCCCGCUUGGUGCCAUUUCCGGGCCAACCUAUGUCACCGGCCAGCUGCUGGUCCAGCAGACGGCGUACAAGCUCUCAGACAAGAUCUUCUCAUUCUCGCCCGAGACCUUCAACCUUGAUGAGGCCGUUAAGGAGUGGUCUCGCGUUGGCGAGAAGAACAUCCACGGCGAAACCACGACCGUAGUGCCACUGCAAACCCGAGCCGGCGCCGGCACCUUUGCGCUGGGUUACAUCUUCUCCAAGGACUUCGAUCUCAGCAAACGGCAUAUCCCCCAGUCCCUGCUGGCUCCCUCGCUGAGCCUCCGGCACCUUCGCGCUGCUCUGGACCAGCUCUCUCUCCUCUACGGCGUUGCCAGUCCCUUCGUUGCGCAUAUCCCAGCAGUGGACUACUCGGCCCGCGACGGCCUCAUCACCGAGUACGAGAGCGCGCUACACAUUGCCGAGGACCUCGGGCUGGCCCUCGUUUCCACUGCGUCCGCACAUGAGGCCCAGCACAUGUCCCUGCUGGCGACACUCCUGGCUACCUUGCUGCCGACUCUCCACGUCUAUGACGGAAUCCGCACCGCAAGGGAGACCCUGAGGGUGGUGGAUGCUCUGAGCGAGACGGCCAUUGCCGGCAUCUACCAGAAACUUGCCAAGGCGGCCGGCGCCCUGAACAAGAGGCUGGACACUGCUGGAAAGGUGGUCGAGCUUCUGCACCUGUUCAACAACGAACUGGGCACGCGGUAUGCCCCCUUCGAGUACCAUGGGCACGAGGCGCCAGAGUUGGUUCUUGUCGUCUUUGGCAGCGUCGAGGCACGACUUGCCAAGCAGGUUGUGAACACGCUGGCGGCUGAGGGCAAGAAGGUGGGCGCGGUCAAUAUCCGCAUCUACCGGCCGUUUAUCGAGGAGGCGUUCCUGGAGGCCCUCCCCGAAUCUGUCCGCCAGAUCGCGGUGCUAGGGCAAGUUCGUGAUGGCGCGGCUGUUGACGACGCGUCGAUGCAGUCCGUGCUGUACUCGGAUGUGCUCACCGCCGUCUCGUUCGCUGACCGCUGGUCGCACGAGCCAGCUGUUGUCGACGUCAAGUACGCGGCGUCGACUGCCCACACCCCUAGCUCGAUUGCUUCAAUUAUUCACCGGCUCAGUAACAAGGACGCCCAAGGCGAGGUCAGCCUGGCCCUGCACUCUCUGGAGCAAGCCCUCCAGUAUACGUUCUGGGACGUCGACAACUCGGCGGCCCUGGCAGCACCGUCGGCUCUUGGCAAACUUCUUGCUAGCGAAGCUCCAAACAAUGUGUACAUCCACGAGGUCUACGACAAUCUCGUCCAAGGCGGUGCUGUUCGCACUGAUGUCCGCAGUUGUGGGAAGCCGAUUGAAGCGCCUUUUGCCAUCGAGGAAGCUGAUGUUGUCUUCGUCGGUGAGGAGAAGCUGCUCAAGGAUGUCGAUAUCGUCAAGGGAUCGAAGUCUGGUAGCAAACUCAUUCUGCGGCUGCCCAACUUCAAAGAGGAGGAUUUCGAAAAGCGGAUCCCCGCUUCGUCAAGGAAGGAGAUCCAUGAGAAAGGCGUCGAGCUUUUCGUGCUGGAUUCUUCCUUCUCCCCUGCCUUGGAGAAGGAUGUCCAGCUGCUUACCCAGCUUGCUUUCUUGCGGGUUGCUCGUCCCGAUAUCACGGUGGAGGCAUUCCGCAAGUUGGCUGAAGCCGCCGAGGAUCAAGUGACCAUGACCGAGGUUGCCGACGCCCUUCAACAAGCGCUCAAAAAGGUUGAUGUCCCUGCCGCCUGGAGCGAGACUUCGCCCGAAGCCAUGACAACCCCUCUUGUCCAUACGCUGAAGCCCACAAGUUUUGUGGCAUUCCAGAAGGACGAGCCGGAGCCUGCGCUCAAGCUCGAUAACUGGCAGGAAGCGGCCAAGGGGCUCGUUUUCAAGGAGUCCUACGGGACGCAGGCCGAUCUGCGUCCGGACCUCCCGGUCAAGACGUUCACCAUUCACGUCAAGGAGAACCGCCGGCUAACACCGCUCACCUACGACCGGAACAUCUUCCACAUUGAGUUUGACCUUGGCGAUUCGGGUCUCACAUACAACAUUGGCGAAGCCCUCGGCAUCCACGCCGACAACGACCCACAGCAGGUGCUCGACUUCAUUGAGUUCUACGGCCUCAAUGCCGACGAUCUCGUUCAGGUGCCCUCGCGCGAGGACGCUACCGUGUCGGAAACGCGAACCGUGUACCAGUCUUUGGUUCAGAACAUCGACAUCCUGGGCAAGCCGCCCAAGCGCUUCUUCGAGUCGCUUGCCGAGUUCGCCACGGACGAGGCCGAAAAGAAGAAGCUCGAGUUCCUCGGCGGCAAGGAAGGCGCCGACGAGUUCAAACGGCUGUCCGAGGUUGACACUGUCACCUACGUCGACGUGCUGCAAACCUUCCGCUCGGCGCACCCGGCCUUCGGCGACCUCGUGCGCAUCGUCGCGCCGCUCAAGCGCCGCGAAUACAGCAUCGCCUCUGCGCAGGCCGUCACGCCAACCUCGGUCGCGCUCAUGAUCGUGGUCGUCGACUGGGUCGACACCAAGGGCCGCACGCGCUACGGCCAGGCCACGCGCUACCUCUCACAGCUCAAGCCGGGCACCGCCGUCACGGCGUCGGUCAAGCCGUCAGUCAUGAAACUGCCCACCGAGGACACGGCUCCCCUGAUUAUGGCCGGUCUCGGCACGGGUCUCGCCCCCUUCCGCGCAUUCGUUCAGUACCGCGCCAUGCAGAAGGCGCAGGGCAAGGAGAUCGGCGCCAUCCUGCUGUACCUGGGCAGCCGCCACCAACGGGAGGAGUACCUGUACGGCGAGGAGUGGGAGGCCUACCUGGAUGCCGGGGUCAUCACGCUGCUGGGCGCGGCCUUCUCGCGCGACCAGCCGCAGAAGAUCUACAUCCAGGACCGCAUGCGCCAGACUAUGGCGGACAUUGUCAAGGCAUACAUCAAGGAGCAAGGGUCCUUCUACCUGUGCGGACCGACGUGGCCGGUGCCCGAUGUCACGGCUGUGUUGGAAGAGGCGAUCGCGGUGGAGGCUAGGGAGAGUGGGCGCAAGGUGGAUCCGAGGAAGGAGAUUGAGCGGUUGAAGGAGGAGGGGAGGUAUGUGUUGGAAGUAUAUUAGUUGGGUUAGAUGGGUGGUGUUAGGGCUGGUGUUCACUAUUGGCAAAUUCAAUAAAUUACAGCAUGGACGAGUUCCAAGUCGGUCAUGUGUAUGUUACCGUUACUUCCGCCGAGAUCACUAGCUGUAGUGACUAGCGGCCUGACUGAUGUCACCGCCAUCGCUGCCAUCGCCAAGAAAUCCGGGGUUAAUGCGGGUAGCCUAUGAGAAGCGAGCGGGGAAACGAGCUUAAUCCCGCCACGAUCCACCCGCUCGGGAGUUGCUUAGCCGGAGUGUGGGGAAAGCUGGGGCUCGGUCCGAGGGGUGACGGCAAUGUGCUCGGCGUG